UCGUGUCUUUGAGUUGCCAAUUUGAAAUAUAAGUAAAAGAAAUGCCCAACGAUUUGACAUCUUCAUCUUCAAUUUUUCAAAUCAAAAUAUCAAAAUUUUGAGAUAAAGAUGAAUCGUACAAGUUGCUGGUGGCGCUUCGGCUUUUGGUUAAUCAUCACAUCUGGAACCAUCAUUCUCAUAGUUUGGAUAAAUCUACGUCCAAAGGGUUCAGACAUUCCAAAAUGCUCAAUCGAGUACUUUUACGUUCCAGCCCUCAACAAAACCCUAAACUCACAACUCAACACCACUCUCAACUUCAUGGUUCGUCUAGAUAAUCCAAACAGUGAACAAGGAAUCUACUACGACGACGUCCACCUUUCCUUCUCCAGCGUCACCUAUGUAUUCAUCGGUAACUACACGGUGCCAAGAUUCUACCAGGGACGCAAGAAGAAAGCCAAGAAGUGGGGCCAGGUUGUGCCUUUGAACAACCAGACGAUUUUAGAAGCAGUUUUGCCUAAUGGAUUGGCGAGUUUUAGGAUAAACCUGAAGACGCAAGUGAGGUACAAGAACUCGUUUUGGAAAACUAGGAGGUUUGGGGUCGAUGUUGGUGCUGAAGUUGGAGUCGACGGGGAUGGAGUUAAAGCUAAUAAGAAAGGGAUUAGGAUGAAGAAGUCAGACUCUUCUUCAUCUUCUUCAUUAAGAAGCUAUUUUCCUGUUUGUGUUUUGAUGAAUCUGCUUGUUUUCUUUGCUAUUUGUUGAACUGUUUGGUGCUUUUGAUUUUCGUUUGCUUAUUUGUUGUUGUUGUUGUUGUUGUUAUUGUUGGUUUUAUUUACUCCUUCAUUACUAUUGCUUUGAGUUUCUUUUUCUUGAACUUUUAUUGUCUUUUUGUGUUGUUCUAUCUUUUUCUUUGUAGCUUCUCAAGUCA